AUGAAUACAAAGAGUGAUAUAGGAUGCGCCUGUGGACGAAUCCAUCCCAUUGGAUCGGGAGUUAUGGUAUGGUACCAGAAAUUUGAGUACGCCAUUGCACAUUGGUUCCAGAAGGCUGCUGAGCAUGUUUUUGGUUGUGUGUUGUGUGCUCCUGGAUGUUUCUCUUUGUUUAGAGCAUCUGCUUUGAUGGAUGACAAUAUAAUGCACAAUAGGGUAAUUGCUAUGGGAUUUAGGUAUACAAAGACUGCUCAAGAGCCGCGCCAUUUCGUGCAGUACGAUCAAGGAGAGGACAGAUGGCUCAGUACACUUAUGCUCAAGCAGGGUUACCGCAUCGAGUACGUUGCCGCGUCAGAUGCCGAAACCUAUGCUCCAGAAGGUUUUGAAGAAUUCUUCAAUCAACGUCGUCGAUGGACGCCUUCAUCGAUAGCAAAUACGAUUGAUUUACUGGCGGAUUAUAAACGUGCAUCCGAGAACAAUGACUCUAUAUCAAUGUCAUACAUUGCUUACCAGUUCAUAGUGAUUUUCUUCUCUAUGUUGGGACCAGCAAUCAUGUUUUGUAUGCUAGUUUUCGCACAGGUGAGCUCUUACAUGUAUCAUAGCUUUUGUGUUUUCUACCAACUAUCUGUCUAAAG